CAACUGUUGCUUCGCGGCGCGGCCCCCCCAACCGCAUCCACCACCGCUCGGCGCGCGUCCAGAAGCAUCCCUCCCCGUCCCGGCAUCACAUUCACACGCCGACCCGACCCGAUUCCCGCACCACCACCACCGGCCGGCCUCGCCGCCUUCCUUCUCCACCGUCACCUCCCCACAUUCUUCGCGUCCUCCCAUACUUUCUCGCCUUUUAUCGCCGUCGGUCCGGGCGCCGGUCCCCAAGAACGAUUGGGCGACUGAGGAGUGAGGAGCAGCCGAGCAGGGGAGGAAAGACAGCGAGGUGGGGGAGCUCCGGCCGUGCCUGGCAGCGCAUCGCGCCGGCGCAUUCGAGCCACGAGAGGAGAGGAGCGGCAGCCGAGAGUGGGAGGCGGAGGUUCACCAUGAAGUACAACGCGAGGAAGGACGCGGGCGGCGGCGGCGCGCCGUUCGCCAUCCCGUGCGUCGACGUCAAGUCGUUCGUGGCCUCGCUCGCCUUCCUCACGCUGUUCCUCGCGUUCUGGCAGCUCCAGCCCUACGGCUCAUUGCUCACCGCGGCUCGCACCUCCGCCUCGCCCCCCUGCGCCCUCCUCGCCACAACCGCCGCCGCCGACCUCACCUCUCCUAACGCCACGGCCGGCGCAGCCGCAGACACGAAACAACCGCCGGCGGAUUCAGGUACCACCACAGCCACCGCCGCCGCCGCGGCUACUAAUUCCGCCCCCGUGCGUCUGGCGCGGCCGGCGCGGCCGGAGGACCCGAACAAGCGGGUGCUCCGGCCGUAUGGCAGCGCGGCGGCGCUGUUCGUGCAGAUGGGCGCGUACCGGGGCGGGCCGCGGACGUUCGCCGUCGUGGGGCUGGCGUCCAAGCCCACCCACGUGUUCGGCACUCCCUACUUCAAGUGCGAGUGGCAGCCCAACCCCAGCGCCGGCGACCCCUCGCCGCGCCCCGUCCGGACCAAGGCCUACAAGAUGCUCCCGGACUGGGGCUACGGCCGCGUCUACACCGUCGUCGUCGUCAACUGCACCUUCCCGUCCAACCCCAACGCCGGGAACGCCGGCGGCAGGUUGCUCGUCCACGCCUACUACUCCACCGCCUCCCGCCGCUACGAGCGCUUCGUCGCGCUCGAGGAGGCGCCGGGCUCCUACGACGAGUCCCGCUUCAGCCCGCCGUUCCAGUACGACUACCUCUACUGCGGCUCGUCGCUGUACGGCAACCUCAGCUCCAGCCGGAUGCGCGAGUGGGUGGCAUACCACGCCCACUUCUUCGGGCCCAGGUCGCACUUCGUGCUCCACGACGCCGGCGGCGUCAGCCCGGAGGUGAGGGCGGUGCUGGAUCCGUGGGUCAGGGCCGGCCGGGUCACCGUGCAGGACAUCCGGGCGCAGGCCGAGUACGACGGGUACUACUACAACCAGUUCCUGGUGGUGAACGAUUGCCUGCACCGGUACCGGCACGCCGCCAAUUGGACCUUCUUCUUCGACGUCGAUGAGUACCUGUACCUGCCCAGUGGGCAGAAGCUCGACGAGGUGCUCGGCAAGCUCUCGGGGUACUCUCAGUUCACCAUCGAGCAGAAUCCAAUGUCCAGCAAGCUCUGCGUGGAGGAUCCAAGCAGUGAUUACUCAAGAGAAUGGGGAUUUGAGAAGCUCGUCUUCCGCAACUCCAUCACCAAAGUUCGUCGCGAUCGCAAGUACGCAAUCCAAGCUCGAAACGCCUACUCAGCCGGGGUGCACAUGUCGCAGAACGUCCGCGGGAGGACAACCCACAAGACGGAGAGCCUGAUCAGAUACUACCACUACCACAACUCCAUCAACGUCAUGGGAGAGCCCUGCCGUGAGUUUGUCCCAAUGCCGGUGAACGGCUGCACGAUCUUGUUCGAGAAGGCCCCCUUCAUGUACGAUGAUAGCAUGAAGCGAGUGACGGACGAGAUCAAGCGGUUCGAGAAGGAGACCAUUGGAUCGGUUCAGACAUAGUAGCAGAUCGGCAACCUUAAGGCUUGCGGUACAUAUACAUUUGGCAUUCAUUGGAUGCUUGGCUCAAGCGUAGCCUCGCUCUGGUGCCGCUAUUGUGGGGCGGAGCCACUGCAUCUGGCUGGUGAUGGGCCUGCUAGGGGUGGUCCUAAUGGUGUUAAGUUCGGGUCUUUAUCGGCGUGACCUCUCUACUACAAAGUCACUGCUGUUGCUGCAAUUUUUUCUCUCUAUCUUGUUCUCCUGUAACCCCCCGCAUCUGUUUAUAGUUCCCUGUAGACUGAUGAAGCUGGAUUCUAGACUUUUACUAGAUUCAUUCAUUCCAAAUUCAGUAAGCAGAGGUGAUUCUGAUUCC